GAGCACUGUGCAACGGCUUGCUCCCCAGACUAAGACCUUCCCGUGGUAAUCUUUCCUGGCCCGAGGGCGGUUGGUUCUCUUGUCACUGCACCUUUUAUCACUCAUCAUUUUCUCUCAAUAAAAUCUCUUUGCUUUGAGGCAAACGGUCUGCGAUGCAGAUACAAGGUUUUUUUUCUUCUUGGAAAAUGACAAUAAUUGUAAACAGGAUUCAAGUAGUAUAAAAUAAAUGUCUGCCAGUGAGGGGUUCCAUUUUGUUUUAGGGAGAGGUGGUUUGCCGUUGUCUUGGUUAGACUUUCGUACCUAACACUACAUGGGUGGCAGGUAGCUUGUGUGUGUCUCGAAGGGUUAACAUACCCAUGUGGCUAUCUCAUGUAUUGAUGGUGGAAAGAACUGUCUUACUCUUAAAGGUAUUAAGUAAUGUGAGUAGCAAAGAAAAUACACUUUAAUAUGGGGUUGAUGGUCAACUUUGGGGUAAUUCGCCUGCUCGUGCAAUAUGCCGCACCCUACUGUGCCCAGUAGGCGGGAACACAAUGACCCCACACACACACCACCCCAGAAACGUGCUGGCUGUAUGAAGCUUGGUUUCAAGUCACUGAAAGCCCCUAGAUGGCAGACCACCUGGGUACAGAUCUGAAGUAUUUCUGUGUAGAACAAGAACACAUAAAAUGAGCAAUGCAAUCAGACCACCCCUUUUCUUCCAAGUGGCCCUUCCUUCACUCCACUACAGUAUCAUUGUGCAGGCUUAUGGUCAGUUACCACCACUGUUGGCUUGUCAGACUUCUAGGGGUUGGGGAACUUCCAUUAGAAAAGGACAGGACGUCACAAAUUAUGUGUGUCAUCAACAUUACUGAGUUAUGGUCUCAGAUUUCAACACACAUUUAAUUGGCUUUUGGUCCAAGGCGGUUCAGGCGUCGUAACUUGGACUCCAAGUGUGUGAUUUAAGAGUGAAUUACAAUUGCGGUUUAAUCUUUGGCAAUGGGCUUGUCUUGCCCCUUACCCCUCACAGGGGCAAGGAGCCGUUAACUAGCUAUAUUCACAUUCCUAAAAGCCUAAAUGAACUGAAUAGUCCAUCAGUUAACAAGGAGGGCCUCUCUCUCAAAAUACGGCUUGACUAGCCAUUGAGCAUUUGAUUAACUAAGCACACACCUUCUAGAAUAGGAUUAAGGUAUUUAUCUACACAAUGCAACAAUUUGUUUGUAGAGACUGAAGCACCCAUGUCUCUUUUCUGAGAUGAAGUGGCCUCAGUGCCUCUGUGUAGUCUGGGUAGGCCUGUAUCAAGCCUGCAUGUAGACAGCUCUGUCAUAUACAAAGAUGUUGUGUAAAUAUAUUUCUAUUUUACAUCUUUGUAAAAUAGAAACAUAUCAAGAAAUCUGUGUGCCGCAAUUCCACAGGCCCAUACUAACUGUCCUUAAUUUCUCUCCUACAGCAGUACUGCUUUGCCAGUCCUGUACUGCACUCUCUUAAGGGUGCAGCAACUCAUCCUGUGUAGGUUAUGGUGAACAGACAGAAGCGUGCGCUUGUCAGUUUUGUCAGGGUCCGCUGGUUGUCUGUCUGGGUGGGGGGGCAGCUCUUACUCAAUAAACCUCUACCAUAAGAACCUUUUUAAUUUUGUCUUCUACCCUAGACUUUAUAUCAUUACAUUUAAACCAUAGCAAUUUCAUGGUAGUCUUUUGCUUUAGAUUGAUUUUGUAAUUCAUAAUGAAUUUAAAGAAUAUAUAUUUUUCUAAAAAGGAAGCCAAGAUCUACGUUUCCGAAGUUGAAAUAGCAAUCGACUGAUGUCAAACUACCAGUUGCUUAGUAGCAGGCAGCCUGUCCCCCCUUCCCCCUGGAACUGAUCGUAGCCUUCACGGCCCCUGAUGUAAACGUGUCACUACAUAUAGAUGCUCUCCCUACCCUGGGUUACAUAAAGUAGCUACACAUUUAUCUCACAAGAAGAUUCCUAGAUUUGGGAACAAUUUAGAUUUUAAUUUUAUUAAUCAAUACUUCAAAAUCUAGAGGGUAUUUUACAUAUUUUCAUUUAUUUAAGGUUUGAGCCCCAGGAGGAAUUUUCUUUUGAGUGCCGUAAAAAGAAAUCACAGGUGGUAUGCUUAUGUGUGUGAGUUCCAACCCUUUUCCAAAGUGUUACUAAUGGUAAAGAGACAUUUUCUAGGCUUCUUUUCUGCCGGUUGAAGUCUGACUGCAGAAGGACCCUUGGCACUGAAAGUGGGGCAAAACGCCGGACCCAAAGCUGCAGUCCAGGUCGUACAUGGAUGUCAUGAAGGAGCAGCACCUGACCAAAGAGGAGAAAGAGAUCCGUCAGCAGAUGGCAGAAAAGGCGAAGACGGGAGACCUGAAGGCUGUCAACGGCUCUGCUGCCUCCCAGGCUGCCGCUGCCGCCGCCAAGCGCAAACGCCGCUGGGACCAGACGGCCGAGAAACAGGACCAAUCAGGAACCCCCAGCAACACCGGCACACCCAAGAAGAUGUCUAGCUGGGACCAGGCUGACCAGGCUGCUGAGCAGACCCCAGGACACACCCCUGGCCACACCCCAUCCAACAGCCGCUGGGACGAGACCCCUGGCAGGAAUAAGGGCAGCGAGACCCCAGGGGCCACUCCCAGCUCCCGGAUGUGGGACCCAACCCCCAGCCACACCCCGGCCGGAGCAGCCACCCCAGGCAGAGGGGACACACCGGGACACACCACCCCCGGACAUGGGGGAGCCACAGGCAGCGUGCGCAAAAACCGUUGGGAUGAGACCCCCAAGACUGAGAGGGAGACCCCUGGUCAUGGUAGUGGUUGGGCCGAGACUCCCCGUACAGACAGAGGAGACGAGUCUGUGGGAGAGACCCCCACCCCCGGGGCCAGUAAGAGGAAGUCCCGUUGGGACGAGACCCCUGCCAGCCAGAUGGGCUCUUCCACUCCACUGAUGACCCCUGGGAAGACCCCCAUUGGAACCCCUGCCAUGAAUAUGGCCACUCCCUCUCCAGGUCACCUGAUGAGCAUGACACCAGAGCAGCUGCAGGCGUGGCGUUGGGAGAGGGAGAUCGAUGAGAGAAACCGACCUCUCACAGACGAUGAGCUGGACGCCAUGUUCCCAGAGGGAUACAAGGUCCUUCCCCCACCAGCAGGCUAUGUGCCCAUCCGUACCCCGGCCCGCAAGCUGUCUGCCACACCCACCCCCAUGGGGGGCAUGACGGGCUUCCACAUGCAGCAGGAGGACCGCUCCAUGAAGCAGAUCAACGACCAGCCCAGUGGGAACCUGCCCUUCCUCAAACCAGACGACAUCCAGUACUUUGAUAAACUGCUGGUUGAGGUAGAUGAGUCCACUCUGAGCCCCGAGGAACAGAAGGAGCGUAAGAUCAUGAAACUGCUGCUGAAGAUCAAGAACGGAACACCUCCCAUGAGAAAGGCUGCCCUGCGUCAGAUCACAGACAAGGCGAGGGAGUUUGGAGCAGGGCCCCUGUUCAACCAGAUCCUGCCCCUGCUUAUGUCUCCUACUCUGGAGGACCAGGAGCGCCACCUACUGGUCAAGGUCAUCGACCGCAUCCUCUACAAGCUGGACGAUCUCGUCCGCCCAUACGUACACAAGAUCCUGGUGGUGAUUGAGCCCCUGCUGAUCGAUGAAGAUUACUACGCCAGAGUGGAGGGCAGAGAGAUCAUCUCUAACUUGGCCAAGGCUGCCGGCCUGGCCACUAUGAUCUCCACCAUGAGGCCUGAUAUUGACAACAUGGAUGAGUAUGUCAGAAAUACAACAGCCAGAGCUUUCGCUGUCGUAGCGUCCGCUCUGGGUAUCCCAUCCCUUCUGCCCUUCCUCAAGGCUGUGUGUAAGAGCAAGAAGUCAUGGCAGGCCCGCCACACGGGCAUCAAGAUUGUCCAGCAGAUCGCCAUCCUCAUGGGUUGUGCCAUCCUGCCCCAUCUGAGGAGUUUGGUGGAGAUCAUCGAGCAUGGUCUGGUGGAUGAGCAGCAGAAGGUGCGGACCAUCAGUGCCUUGGCCAUUGCUGCCCUGGCGGAGGCUGCCACUCCCUACGGUAUCGAGUCCUUUGACUCCGUACUCAAACCCCUGUGGAAGGGUAUCAGACAGCACAGAGGAAAGGGUUUGGCUGCGUUCCUGAAGGCCAUUGGCUACCUGAUCCCUCUAAUGGAUGCUGAGUAUGCUAACUACUACACCAGAGAGGUCAUGCUGAUCCUCAUCAGAGAGUUCCAGUCCCCUGACGAGGAGAUGAAGAAGAUCGUGCUCAAGGUGGUGAAACAGUGCUGUGGUACUGACGGUGUGGAGGCCAACUACAUCAAGACAGAGAUCCUGCCCCCCUUCUUCAAGCACUUCUGGCAGCACAGGAUGGCCCUGGACAGACGCAACUACAGACAGCUGGUGGACACCACAGUAGAGCUGGCCAACAAGGUGGGAGCAGCAGAGAUCAUCUCUCGUAUAGUAGAUGACCUGAAGGACGAGGCAGAGCAGUACAGGAAGAUGGUGAUGGAGACCAUAGAGAAGAUCAUGGGGAACCUGGGAGCUGCUGACAUCGACCACAAGCUGGAGGAGCAGCUGAUCGAUGGCAUCCUGUACGCCUUCCAGGAACAGACCACUGAGGACUCUGUAAUGCUGAACGGGUUUGGUACGGUGGUGAAUGCCCUGGGGAAGAGGGUGAAGCCCUACCUGCCUCAGAUCUGUGGUACGGUACUGUGGCGUCUCAACAACAAGUCUGCCAAGGUCCGCCAGCAGGCUGCUGACCUCAUCUCUCGUACCGCCGUGGUCAUGAAGACCUGCCAGGAGGAGAAGCUGAUGGGUCACCUGGGAGUGGUGUUAUAUGAGUACCUAGGAGAGGAGUAUCCUGAAGUACUGGGAAGCAUCCUCGGUGCUCUCAAGGCCAUCGUCAACGUCAUCGGCAUGCAUAAGAUGACUCCACCAAUCAAAGACCUGUUGCCGCGCCUGACGCCAAUCUUGAAGAACAGACAUGAGAAGGUGCAGGAGAACUGUAUUGACCUGGUGGGCAGGAUUGCUGACAGGGGUGCUGAGUACGUGUCGGCCAGGGAAUGGAUGCGGAUCUGUUUUGAGCUGCUGGAGCUCCUGAAGGCCCACAAGAAGGCCAUCCGCAGAGCCACUGUCAACACCUUUGGAUACAUCGCCAAGGCUAUCGGACCCCAUGAUGUGCUGGCCACACUACUAAACAACCUGAAGGUUCAGGAGCGUCAGAACAGAGUGUGUACUACCGUAGCCAUCGCCAUUGUGGCUGAGACCUGUUCUCCCUUCACCGUGCUCCCCGCGCUCAUGAAUGAGUACCGCGUGCCAGAGCUCAACGUGCAGAAUGGCGUGCUCAAGUCCCUCUCCUUCCUGUUUGAGUACAUUGGGGAGAUGGGCAAGGACUACAUUUACGCUGUCACGCCCCUGCUGGAGGAUGCACUGAUGGACAGAGACUUGGUCCACAGACAGACAGCCAGUGCCGUGGUGCAGCACAUGUCCCUGGGCGUCUAUGGCUUCGGCUGUGAAGACUCUCUCAACCACCUGCUCAACUAUGUGUGGCCCAACGUGUUUGAGACGUCGCCCCACGUCAUCCAGGCUGUGAUGGGGGCCUUGGAAGGCCUCAGGGUGGCCAUUGGCCCCUGCCGCAUGCUGCAGUAUUGCCUACAGGGUCUGUUCCACCCAGCCAGGAAGGUGCGAGACGUCUACUGGAAGAUCUACAACUCUAUCUACAUCGGCUCCCAGGAUGCUCUCAUUGCUCAUUACCCACACGUCUACAACGAUGAGAAGAACCCUUACCUCCGCUAUGAGCUGGAGUACUUCUUGUGAUUCUGCUCUUCUCUCUCUGACGAUUUCUCUCCCUCUUCUCUUGGUCCUAUCUCUCUUUGUGUAUAGGACUUGGUCCAUUUUUUUAUAUUAUUUAUCUCCUCUGUCUUUGUAGUGGUUGUAUCCAACACAGCCACAGUGGCUGUGGCCUGAGAUUCAUUUUUAAUACAAUAAAAACUGUGUAUGAUAGGGAAAUGGAGUAUAAAAUGGAACAACUUCUUAGAGCUUGUAUGUAUUGUUUUGUUUUAGUUCUCCUUUUAUAAUCAUUUCCAUAAGGAAUGACAGACAGUACAGUGAAGUGCAGGCUCUAAGUUAGCCUUGUUAUGGAAUGGAAAAGCAACUCAGUGAAACUCUUUAAAAUAUUGUCAUGGUUUCUUUUUACCGGCCUUGACCGUUCCUUCUCAAUGCUUUGCUCGCUUAUCAGUGAUCACCCCCCUGUUCUUAUCAGAAUGUUGCUUUAUUUGACUGAAUAAACGUUUGUGUAUAAAAUAAAA